AUGCAGCAGGCCACGGACGAACUUUGCGCCCAACUGUCGGACCUGGAGUUCAUAGACUCUCCUGGAUACCUGCCAUUCUGUCCUGCAACUUCACCUCGGUACAAGCACAUCCAGCUGUCGCCUACACCACGCUUCCUGUUUCGAGUCUGGUCGCCAAAAUCGGACGGCCAAACAGAUGGCAUAUGGAUAGACUCCCGAGACGCAGCGGCUAAGCUUGGGUCCGCAGCAGAGGACCUCUUCCAGACCAGCGACGUUGCUGCGACUGCUGCUGAAGUCGCGGAUCAUCUGUGGUGGCGUCGAGGCGAGAGAGCAGACAAUUUGGUCUCGUGGACCAGUUCGCUGCUCUUCGCAAUUCAAUACAUGAUCUAUCGGUAUCGUCUCGAGAGCGAUGGAUCCGACCUGGACGAAAUCAUGCUCUGCAUUCUUGACACUAGCGAUUACCCGGCCGGGACUUUCGCCUGCGAUAUGGACCUCAUCAAAGCGUUCUACGCGGAAAGUGAAGAUCUGCAGAAGCUUCACAGGAUGCGAACGGGUGGGAUAUACUAUUACGGCGAAUACCUCUCCCAAGGUUCCAUCAAAGUCGAGGGGAAGUGUAAGAUCGUCAGCGCCCAGGCUAUGCUCGACUGCGGCCUUGCUUCGCUCUGGGCGUCGUUCGAUCCUGAAUUUGAGGGUGAGAAUAGAUGGGCGAAGGCGGUCGUACAGAUUCGCCAGAGCUUGUUGUGCAGUGAGACUUCCUCGGACAACAUUGACGAUGAGCAAGCCGACAUCGCGGUCCGGAUUGCUGAGCUGUUUGGAUCUGGAUGGCGGUUACCCAUGUCUGUCAACUUGCUGGCGCUACUUCCGGGUCAACUGCAGGCGGCAAGUAUUGGGAGCAUCUUGAUAGGGAAGGGUGGCUACAAAGGUGAUCCAACAGUUUGA